AUGAGUUCACAUGAAUCUUGGCAAAACCGUUUUUCUUCAGACCAUUUACGCAAAGGUCAAGAUGUUCCUGGUGCAAUGGCCGUUAUAGCAGGUUCUGUCUCUGGUUUGCUAGCCAGGACGGUCACUGCACCGUUAGAUACAGUGAAGAUUCGGCAUCAAUUACAAUUAGGUCAUGAAAAGAAGUACAUUAAAAUAAUUUCCACCUUUAAGACGAUUGUCAGAGAAGAAGGGGUACGAGCGUUAUGGAAAGGCAAUGUUCCUGCUUCGAUGAUGUAUGUUUUAUAUGGGUCGCUACAAUUUGGUUCCUAUGCGUGGUUGAACAAGAUGUCCAAUGAAUACUACCCUAAUAUAUCCCCCCAAAUUAAUAGUGUGCUUGUUGGUGGGUUAGCUGGUAUGAGCAGCAUGAUGGCGAUAUAUCCAUUUGACGUAUUGCGUACUCGAUUUAUUGCAAAUAGAAACACUAGGUUGGUGAAGAUGGCUGAAAUUGUCAAAAACAUUCAACGUACAGAGGGUCCCAUUGGUUUUUUCAGGGGAUAUAUAUGGUCUACGCUUACAAUCUCACUAUCCGCAGCUGUCACCUUUGGCACCUAUGAAACGUUGAAUAUAUACUCAGAGACGUCGGGCAUUUCAUGGCUUGGCAGCAGUUCCAGCACCGUCGCUGGCUUAUUAUCGAAGACUAUUACGUUCCCACUGGAUACAGUUCGCAGAAGAAUACAGAUAAUAUACUCCCAAGAUAUUAGUAGCUACACAGCUGAUCCAGGUGCAUAUAAAAUCUAUAGAGAUUCUAAUUUCUUGUCCAUUGCACUCCGGAUGGCUCGGCAUGAAGGUAUUUCGUCAUUGUACAAAGGGUUGUCCAUGGCCCUGUGUAAAAGCACACCGACGACAAUGAUUAGUUUAUGGGUAUUCGAGCAUGCAAUUGAUAUCAUGCAGCACCAGAAACAGGAUCAAACGCUCAUGUAG